AAUAAAUCAGAGAAAACUCAACUUCCCAGAAACGCCGCUGCUCUAUUCGCUUGUAACUGUCAAUCUGGGAAAAAAAAGGGCAGAAAAAGUCAUAUUUAUGAGCUAACAAUUCUUCACAGAAACUUUAGCGAUGGAGGAAGUUGACAAGAUUCUGAUUCACGCCCUCAGACAAGUCGGCACUGAGGUGAGCGAGGAGGUGGUCAGCGUCAAGCACUUCACCAGUGAGCUGAUAGUGGAGGCGGUGGUGAGAUGUAUGCGCGUGAUCGAUCCAGGCCUGGGCGGCGGGCUACCCACCUCCCUUCCUCCCGGCAUGUCUGCUCGCUUCAGGGUGGGCAUGAGCCUGGCACAGGCCUGUCAGGACAUUGGCUAUAAAGGAGAGAUUGGCUACCAGACCUUUCUGUACAGCAAUGAGCCAGAGAUCCGCUCCCUGUUCAUGUUCCUGGUGGAGAAGCUACCCCGAGAGAGUGCCGAGACCUCUGACCAACCGACAGGUAAAUCGGCGGUCCUCCAGAGAGCCAUCGCCGCUGCGAUCAAAGCCCAGCUGGCCGUUUCCUGGGUGCCUCCAAACUGCCGCCUACCACUGCACUGUGAAACUCAGAGUCAAGGAGCGUUGCACAGCUUCCGUGUGCAGCCCAUCAGCCUACCACGCUGCACUAAAGGUUCUGGCAAGAAGCAUCUCAAAGAGGUGAAGGACUACCACAGAGACCACCUUCCUCCUGUAACCGCCCAGUUUUCCACUCAUUCCUCUAUGGUGGCAUCCAUGUUGGAGCAACACAUGGCCGAGCUGAGUGCGGCUCAGGAGUGGGACAACGAGUGGAAGAGUCAGGGGCUGCUGUCUCGCCUCACGCCACAGGAGUACCGCUCACGGAAGCUGACGCGGCUCCGUAAACGCAUUGAGGAGCAGCUGCGCUCUGCUGCUGUGCCCUCUCCUGAAAGUGCCUUCGGUGUUUCUCGCUCCACGUCCGACCUGUCUGAGCUCCUGCAGACCUUCAGAGGCUCCGCCCCCUCUGACCACAUCCUGACUAAGGGCACGCAUUUCACCCACACUCAGAAGUUCACCUUCACACAGGAAGCGGCAGCAGUAACGAGCGCCGUCCUCCCCACGCGUCAGUCGGAGGGGGAUACCCAGCUCCGUCAGCAGGAGGAGCUCGCCUCCCUCCAGCAGCAGUUCCAGCAGCUCUGUGAUGACGUCGACCAGCUGGCCGCAGACAUGAAGCACAUGAGUGUCACCAAUGCACAGGUGUUAGAUGAGCUGAAGCAGAGGGAGCUGGGAAACACUGGAAAAGAGGAGAAGAUGCAGGUGAAGAAGAAAACCAACGACCUGCUGCCAGAUGCAGACGACAACCUGCUCAAGCUUCAGUCUGUGGUGGAGGCCAGCGCUAAGCGGGUGGUGAACCUGGCGUCUCAGUGGGAGAAGCAUCGCGCGCCGCUCAUCGAUGAGCAUCGCAGACUAAAAGAAAUCUGCAGCAGCCAAGAUCUGGAGUCAUCCAGAAAACUGUCAGAGAUCAAGACUCUGCAUGAAAAAAUCCGUGUGGCCACAGAGGAGGCAAAGAAGAAGGAAGAAACGUACAAACAGCUGGUCACGGAGUUGGAAAGCCUUCCUCAGGAUGUGUCCCGGUCGGCUUACACUCAGAGGAUUCUAGAAAUCGUCAACAACAUCAAAAAACAGAAGGAGGAAAUUACAAAGAUUUUGUCAGACACGAAGGAGCUGCAGAAGGAGAUCAACAGUCUGACGGGAAAACUGGACCGGACCUUUGCUGUGACCGAUGAGCUAGUCUUCAAGGAUGCAAAGAAGGAUGAAUCCGUCCGAAAAUCCUACAAGUACCUGGCUGCUUUGCAUGAAAACUGUAAUCAGCUGAUCCAAACCAUCGAGGACACUGGCACAAUCCUGAGGGAGAUCAGAGAUCUGGAGGAGCAGAUUGAAACAGAAAACAGCAACAAAACUGUGGCUAACCUGGAGAGGAUUCUGGACGACUACAAGGCGAUCCGACAGGAGAAUUCUGCACUUGCUGCCAAAGUCAGAGAAGGCUGAACGAAGCUUUGGUUUGCUAGCACUGUAAACAGAUGUGAAUGGGACAGAAGCAGCACUCCAUGUUGUUUCACACUGUGGAGACUGUGGUUCCUUAACGCGGAGGCCUAUUUUCUUUAGAGACAAGCUGAUUUUUCUACCAUGGAACCUAAUCUGGUAUUUUAAUACACAUCACGGAUGGAGAAGACAGGAUCUGGGGCGUAGCUCUGACAGUCCUUGCACUGGCUUGGUUGUUGUGUGAAACAGAGCGUUGGACAGCAGAGGGCGCUGUUAUAAAAUGUUUUCAUAAGAUAUGGCUGUUUAUAAUUAAGUCUUCGACCUUGAAUUCUUAAUACAUGAAUUAUUGUUCCAUUUUCAGACAUUACCAGAUCUCUCAUGAUUAUAUUUGAACUUAAGUCGAGUGAAUGGCAUUUGAAUGUAGUCUAUUAAAAAUGUUGUCUGAUCCAUCAGCAGAGUAUUGUUGUAUACAUGGUACCAGUUUAAUAAAGAUGCCUUACAUACUUGAAGAUAUUGUGAUUUUUACUAAUGGUUCUGAUCAUCUAACACUAAUAAAACAUCCAAGAUAAUCUGA